AUGUCUGUGGAGGUUGGUGCCCGUGCUCUCCGGUGCUUGGGGAGUCAGGGGAGCCCGCGCUCACCUGGCCGCCGCCAUCUUUGAUUACAUGCGGUCUAGGCGUUGUGAGGAGGUCGGCCACGGAUAGGAUCCCGUCCUUCGGUUUUUUGCCUUUUUUUUGUGCGUCGCCAUAUCCCGGUGUUUCCCUCCUAUGGUGAGUGGCUGUUGGGAACGUCGGCAGGGAUGAUUGUGGUUAUUGCUUGGCGUUUUGGAUCGUGCAGGGCGCAGAGCUCUGAGCUUAAGCAGCCAUUACGCUCGGCAGCCAGGCCAUGCCCCCCGGAUUUUAAAGUUUUAAGGGUUAAGGGUAAUGGUUUAGAUGUGCUUAGAGUUAGGGGAAAUACAGUUGGGGCUUAGGUUUUGGGGGCUUUGUAAUAAGGACCAACUGCCUUUAAGAUGCUAUAGACUAUGACUCCCAUAAUUCUCAGCUAGGCAAAGCUGUAAUGAAGUAUUUUGAUGUCAAUAUUUUUAAAGUAGUUCAGAAAAUUUAGUUAUGUCUCCAAAUAUAGCUUGUCGUGCCAUGUCUUAUUUUUAUUUGAUCUUUUAACUCUUCCUUCUUUCCCUAAUACAUGGUUUAUUGACUAAACUCUGACUUGUAAUAAAUUAAAAUCUGAAAGACAAAUUUAGGUUAAAAUAGCCAAGCAGUGACUAUAGCCGAACUGAAUACAUUUUCUGGAAAGCUACCUUAGGCCAUCUUUUGCCAUUUGGAUUUCAACUCACUAUAAACCAGGGUUUACAUGCCUCAUUUCUGAUUCUCUUCAUGGACAUCAUUCUCUUAGUACAGACAAAUGUUUACAAAUUCUUUCCUCUCCUGUUUCUCCUUUCCACGCAGGGUAAUUUUGGCAGUGUUGAGUUGUGCCGUUACGAUCCUCUCGAUGAUAAUACAGGAGAGUUGGUUGCAGUUAAAAAACUACAAAAUAACACAGCCGAACAUGUCCGUGACUUUCAGAGGGAGAGUCUAAUUCUACGCUCCCUUCACAAUGACUAUAUUGUCAGAUACAAAGGAAUCUGCUAUAGUGUUGGUGAGUGGACUGGAAACACUGGAAAGGGAGAGACGAAAUCAUUGUUAUACACGUAGUUCAAAGUGAAUUCAACAUGAAUUUCAAAUUUAAGGCCAGCAUGGCUGAACUGGAAGCAUUAUUGGCUUAUUUAUUGCUUUUUUCCGUUAGCUAUUUUGACCUUAAAUUUGAAAUUCACUUUGAAUUCUCAUUUCAGUGAGUAGCCUUUUAAAUCUAAAGUAUUCUGUACUAUAUCUCUCCACAAGUAUUUUUACAUUCAAGUAAGUCCUCUUACUGAUCCAUACUAUCCUGCUCUAUAAACUGGCAUUUUCCUCUUGGCUCCUCAUUAUAAAGCCUCCUACUAAUGCAAAAAAAACUCUUUCAUCUAACCCUUUCAUAUGAUUACUCUGGAAAACUCCCAGUUCAAUUCUAUAUUCUAUAUAACCUUUCUGCCAAACACAGAAAUGACAACAAACCAUAAAAAAAAUAAUCAUAAAGUAAAUACAAAACAUAAACGAAACAAUGUGCAAUUCAAUUGAACCAUUAUCUUAUAAAAAAAAAAGUUAAGAUUAUAUUUUAUAAAAGAAAAAAGUCCCAGUGUUGGAAAAUCAUUCUGAAUAUAGCAAGUUUAGUAUUACAGACCCAGGAGAAUAACUUUAUUUCAAGUUAGCGGUGAACCAUUCUAAAUCCAACCCAUCAAAAAAAUAAAAAUAUUAUAAGGGUUAUUUACAAAAGUGAGAUUUCAAAGUAAAUUCACUGUGAAUUUCACAUUUAAAAGGAACACUAAACUGACAGGAAUACAAAUAUGCAUUCCUGACACUCUAGUGUUGAACAAUUUAGGUGAUUGCCCCCGCUCCUAUUGCAUGGAAAAGGUGAUAUUACUCACUGUUUAUCCCAUGCCGUGCCAAUCUCACCGCAGCUGGCCCCACCUCCAAUCUUAGUGAUCUCAGCCACCACAGUGCUUUCCCAUCGCAUUGAGCAAGUGUGACAAAACACCAAGUUGUGAUACUCAGUAUCUCUUCAUAGAGAUGCAUUGAAUCAAUGCAUUUAAUUUGUAUUAUUCCAAUUGUAAUCUUGAAAUUAAAUCCCUUCUGUGUAAAGUUAAUCAUUAAAGUAUUAAUGUCAUCCUAUUUUAUUAUUUAUUAUGUGUAGGUCGCAGGAGUUUCCAGUUGGUUAUGGAAUAUCUUCCGAAUAAAAGUCUUCGUGAAUAUUUGCCAAACAAUCGUGAUAGACUGGGCCCUCAGCAACUUCUGCUCUAUGCCUAUCAGGUUUGCAAGGUCCGUUGAUACAUACAUGAAUGAAUACAGAGAGCUCUAACUCAGAUCUUUGUGGACUCUGAUUUCCCCUCUUGCAUCUACAAUAUCAGAUAUCUUACUAUGCAGAUAUGCACAGAACAGAAAACACAGCCAACAAGCACAGAACAAUACCAGUAAAUGGGAAGCAAUUAUUAUAUAAAAAAGAGAAAAUUAAUACAUAUGAGAGACAUGAAAUAAAUGUGGAAGAUUCAUAUUUACAUUCUAUUUUAAACCUCUCUCUCGGAUGUGCAUGUACAUAUCAUGUUAUGCCAGAAAACAGAGACCAUGAUUUAGUUACUCUGUAAACAGAUUUUUCAGCUGUCUGCCUGAUUUCCCAUAUGGCCACCAAGGUCAUGGACUCAGAGUAGCAGGCAUGAGAGGGGCGGCACAGCCAGAGGUGAGAUCAUGCCUAGGAAGCAGCUGCUGGGGUCAGCCGUUACAGGCAGUGUGUACAAAGAAGAACACAGACCUGUUUGUUCUCCUUCCUGGUGGGCUGCUGAACCACUGGAUGAAUCAGUGGAGAGUAGGUCGAUGCUAUGACAUCACUGUCAUAACCACUGUACCACCUAAUCUUCCUCCAUGCUUGUAAGGGAGGAAUAGGCAACCAAAAAGAAGGGAGUAGGGAAUGCUAGCAAGAACCCUACCUCCUCUACCCUGCCCUUCAAACUCUCCAUUCCAGCUAGGGACCAGUGCCAUCCACCAGCCUGCCCAGCAAGGGAUCUACCAGGCCAGUAGCAGUAUGCCUUUCCCAGUCCAGUAGUUAGCCACCCGUGCCCACAAAGUCAUUGUAAAUGUCUGCAUGGGUCAGUGUGUAUGCAUGAGUCUUCACAAAGGCCAGAGUUUUCAUUAGAAAACCAAAACUUUUAAAUUGUGUUAGAGUAUCAUGCAAGUCUAUAUGUAGACAUGUACUAUAUAUUUAGUAUAUUUGUAUUAUAUUAAAAUGUACUAUAUAUUUUACACAGAAUAUAAAAUGACUAUAACUCCUUGCAUGCAUUCAUAUACAUAAUAUAUAUGUAUAAAUUAAGGGACGGUAGGGGGUAAAUCCGGACCUGCUAAUAACACCUUAUAGUUUAUAGUGCUUUAUUUAUUUAAUUAAUUUAUUUAAUUUACCUCCAAUGGCCAUGAGAGGGUAUGCCCACCUGCCACGUCAAGGCAGACCUCUUAGGUGGGUCCUACUCUAACCAUUUGCCUUGCUUCCUUGAGCUUCUGGCAAAAAAUCUCUAAUGAGACAGAAAGGGGUAUUUUUUUAUAUACAUUGCUACAUGCUUAUUAACCCUUAAUAGGGAACACAUGUGAUGGGCAGCAGCAUUGCAACCUAGCUGUGUGAUACAAAAGUGAAUACAAAUACAAAGAAACUAGUCCUGCGCUCAAACUCCCAUUACUCCUGGGCGGCAGCAACGACCAUAGUACACAGCAGCCAAAAUACAUAUAGUAAAAACCAAAUGCAAUUCAGGUGCUCUGAGCAAUGAAUGCCUCUUAAGUGUAGCUCCUCUUAGGUAACCACUUAAGGACGGCGGGUGUUCUAUGCCGUCCUUAAGGAGCCAAGCCUAAACCCCGGCGAGCGGCAUAGAACCCGUCGUUCCUCCGCUAGUGAUCAGCGUUGCUCCCGGUCUGGGGGAACUGCCUGAUGGCCCAGACAGACCCCCUCUGCAAACUAAACCCCCGCGGACCAUUUGAUCGCUCGCGAUAGGCGUCCAUAGUGCUGCCUGCAGUGGGACUGCCUGGGCUGUCAGGUAGUCUUCCUGCUUUUCUAAAAUAUAAAAUAAAUAAUUUAUAUAUAUAUAUAUAUAUAUAAUGCCAUACUAAGUGUAUUUUUAUAUUUGUUGUGUCUGUCAGCGUAGUGUCCAGAGUAUGGAGGCGCUACCAGGAGACAGGCCAGUACAUCAGGAGACGUGGACGCAGGACCGCUACCUCCGCCUUUGUGCAAGGAGGAACAGGAGGAGCACUGCCAGAGCCCUGCAAAAUGACCUCCAGCAGGCCACAAAUGUGCAUGUGUCUGCUCAAAUGGUCAGAAACAGACUCCAUGAGGGUGGUAUGAGGGCGCGACGUCCACAGGUGAGGGUUGUGCUUACAGCCCAACACCAUGCAGGACGUUUGGCAUUUGCCAGAGAACACCAAGAUUGGCAAAUUCACCACUGGCGCCCUGUGCUCUUCACAGAUGAAAGCAAGUUCACACUGAGCACAUGUGACAGACAUGACAGAGUCUGGAGACGCCGUGGAGAACAUUCUGCUGCCUGCAACAUCCUCCAGCAUGACCGUUUUGGAAGUGGGUCAGUAAUGGUGUGGGGUGGCAUUUCUUUGGGAGGCUGCACAGCACUCCAUGUGCUCGCCAGAUGUAGCCUGACUGCCAUUAGUUACCGAGAUGAGAUCCUCCUUGUGUGCUGGUGCGGUUGGCCCUGGGUUCCUCCUAAUGCAAUACAAUGCUAGACCUCAUGUGGCUGGAGUGUGUCAGCAGUUCCUACAAGAUGAAGACAUUGAUGCUAUGGACUGGCCCGCCCGUUCCCCCAGACCUGAAUCCAAUUGAGCACAUUUGGGACAUCAUGUCUCGCUCCAUCCACCAACGUCACGUUGCACCACAGACUGUCCAGGAGUUGGCAGAUGCUUUAGUCGAGGUCUGGGAGGAGAUCCCUCAGGAGUCCAUCCGCCACCUCAUCAGGAGCAUGCACAGGCAUUGUAGGGAGGUCAUACAGGCAUGUGGAGGCCACACACACUACUGAGCCUCAUUUUGACUUGUUUUAAGAACAUUACAUCAAAGUUGGAUCAGCCUGUAGUGUGUUUUUCCACUUUAAUUUUGAGUGUGGCUCCAAAUACAGAUCUCCAUGGGUUGAAAAAUUUCCAUUUUUUUAUUUUUGUGUGUUUUUGUUGUCAGCACAUUCAACUAUGUAAAGAACAAAGUAUUUCAGAAGAAUAUUUAAUUCAUUCAGAUCUAGGAUGUGUUAUUUUUGUGUUCCCUUUAUUUUUUUGAGCAUUGUAUGUAUGUAUAUAUAUAUAUAUAUAUAUAUAUAUAAAUUUUUUAUUCAAAAUACACUUAUAAUUAAAUUAUAUAUCUAUAUAUAUAAGUAAAUUAAAAUAAUAAUAUAUAUAUAUACACACACACACGCACACACACACAAAAUUACAUAAAUAAUUUAAUAAAUAUACACGACUUUAAAUAUAUAUAUAUAUAUAUAUAUAUAUAUUUAAAUUCUACGUGCAUAUUUAUGUAAUAUUCUUACAUAACAAGGUAAUUUUAUUGUUUGCAACUUGCGGGACCUGCCUGAAAACCCAGGCCGAAAGUCCAGGGAAUUCAAUUAGCUAGCACUAUAUUUAACCCUGUAACUUUCCAAGACACCCUAAAACCUGUACAUGGGGGGUACUGUUUUACUCGGAAGACUUCGCUGAACACAAAUAUUAGUGUUUUUUUUAAAACAGUAAAACAUAUCUCACACAUUUCUCACACACAAAUGACAAUUUCACUGACAAUAUCAUAGAUUUUACUGUCUUGAAACACUCAUAUUUGUAUUCAGCAAAGUUUUCCGAUUAUAACAGUACCCCCAUGUACUGGUUUUAUAGUGUUUUUAAAAGUUACAGGGUCAAAUAUAAGGCAUGCCCAUGUAAUUUUUUCAUAAUAUAAACGCUAACUUUGGCCAGUUUUUGUGACUAAGUGGCUAUUAAAAAAGACUGGAAAUAUCCCAUAUUGAAUAUGGGUUGUCUACUUUUGCAAAUGGUAUGCUAUCAUGGGGUAAUUCAAAUUUCUAGGCUACGAUACAGUGUCAAAGGCAACAUAACCAGUCUGGCAAAUUUUAAUGUGUAUAAACUUAAAAAUUUACUGUGCUAUAUCUGACCUUGUAAUUUUCCAAAACACCAUAAAAUCUUUACAUUUGGGGUACUGUUGUACUCCUAAGACAUCGCUGAAUACAAAUAUGUGCAUUUUAUUGCAGUAAAAAGUAACAGUGUUAUGGCAGUCACAAUUAAAAUGCUAUGCAGAACAAAUUUUUUGUUUUUUAACCCCUUAAGGACGGAGCCAAAUGUACACGUUGUGAACGAAACAAAUUGUAAACAAAACCUGGCAUUUGCGCUACAUGUCUGUCCAACCGUAAUUCACCUAUUUCAUAGUAAAUGCACCCACCCUUGUUAUAUAUCAUUUUAUUCAGGGGAAACAGGGCUUUCAUUUAAUAUCAAAUAUUUAGAUGUGAAACAUAAUUUAAUAUGAAAAAAACGGGAGAAAAUAAGAUUUUUUUUAUUUUAACUGUCAAUGUCAUAAUACUGUUUGCUUUUACUGCAAUAAAAUACACAUAUUUUAUUGAGCAAAGUCUCACAUGUAAAACAGUACCCCCUAUGUACAGGUUUUAUGGCAUUUUGGGAAGUUACAGGGUCAAAUAUAGCACGUUACAUUUGAAAUUGAAAUUUGCCAGAUAGGUUACGUUGCCUUUGGGACUUUAUAGUAGCCAGGAAUGAAAUUUUAUUUUUACAGUUUUUGCAAUAAUAAUGUGUGCAUAAUUAGUGCAGGUUAAGGAAAGUAAAGACGCAUUAGUUGUUCUGAUUUACAGAAUAUAUAAUGUGUCUGGGAUUUUAAGUUUUUUUUUGGUAGUUACAGGUCACAAAGCACAAGGAGUAAAAUAAACUUUUAAUGUGGAGCGAUUUUUAGAAUUUGGUAUGUUUGUCUUGUAAGCUUAAUAGCCAUAAAAGAAAACAAAAUUGCCACACUAAAGUAUAUAUUUAUAUAACGUAGACAUCACAGGCUAUUUACCUAGGGUUGUUUUGAUACUUUCUACGUAGCCAUUUCAUCGCCAACCUCUGCUAAAUAUUGGAGUAAAAUUGUGGUUUUUUUUGUUUUUGGCACACAAACUUAUAACAAAGAAAUUCUCAUGUGUAUUUUGUAAAGUUGGGUGUGCUAUUCCUGUACAAAGUUUUAUUUUGUGUUCAGUUCCAUCUGCUGAGCAAAAUGACACCCCAAUUGUAUGUCUUUGGCACUAUUUUGUGAAGUUACAGUGCCAUAUAGGAGGCCCGUUCUUUUCAGUAUUCACAGUAGAAAUUUGAGAGACGGAUUUAAUGAGCCUAUGCUUCCAUUUGGGGUAUUAUACCAGUUUAACUGAUCAAAAAAAAAACACAAAGGCCUACCAUUUGUAAAAGUAGACACUCCAGGGUAUCUCAUAAGGUGCAUAUUGUGCCUUAACAUGCCCCCAUUUUUUUCACCAAUAUAUGCUAAAGUAUGUGAUAAAAAUAAUUUUGUGCAUUUUUUACAUACGGAUUGCAUUUUUGCUGGGCGUUUUGUAUAUUUCCUAUGUGCCACUAAGUUCAAACCUCCCAAAUUAUGCUCAGCUAAGUCUUCUGAAUAAAAAGACACCCCGACGGGAAAAUUGCCAUAACGAUGAGUCCGUCACCCGUUAAAAUUAACCCCGGAUCGCCGGGUUAAUGGUGCUCCGGUCUGCCUCUGUAUUAGCAUGUCAGAGCGAGCACAUGUGCUGCGUAUACUCACCUUCCGCCUCCCUGCACUUCCUGGUUCUGUGUGAAGUGUAGGGGGCCGGAACAGUGCUGAUCCUGCCCCCUUUUGAAAAAAUAUAAAGUUUAUUUAAAAUCCCACCCCCCUUUACUCAUUUUAAUUAAAAAUUAACCCCUUCCCUGCCAGUCGAUCACUGCCUACAGUGAUCAGAAUAUAGAUCACAGUAUUAUUCUGUGAUCUAAUUUUUUUUUAACCCCUGAGGAUUAACUUUUAUUCAUUUUUUAACCCUCAGGGUUUCAAUUUAUUUAAAUAAUUAAUUUAAAUAUUUUAGAAUUAUGUAUUUUGCUAGCUCGGGUGGGUGGGUGGGAGUUGUGGGAAAAUGGGGAAUUUACUGUUAGUGCUGCUUACUGCUAGUUAAGGGUUAACGGGAAAAAAAAAAGCUUAGAAAAAGGUUAAAUCUGUAAAAAAAAGUUUUAAGAAAGUUUAGGAAUGUUUAAAAAAAACUAAUAAGGAAAGCAAAAGUUUAAAAACUAGUUUUUAAAAGUAAAAAAAAGGUUUCAAAAAGUAAAAAAAUACAUUUAAAAACGCUCAUUACCACUACACUUGGAACAAACUAGAGAAAAAAAAUUAUCCCACGAUAAGGCUCAAAAUUUGCCUUUUGAUUACCCCAGGGGGUAUUCUAUAAUAAAUAGUAUGUGUUUGUGGGGAAGUUUCAAUAAUCAACCGUCUAAACUACUCCAUGGACACAGCGUCAAAAUUCAAAUAUACUGUGCAAACUCACUUUGUGUGUCAAAAAGGCAGAAAAAACACUUAUUACCACUACACUUGGUACAAGCUAGAGGAAAAAUGAUCCCACGCUAAGGUUCCAAAUAUACCUUUUGAAAUACCUUGGUGUGUCUACUUUAAGAAAUGGUAGGCCUUUGUUGGGUAGUUUGAAUUUAAACCCUGCUAAGAUGCUUGGAAAUUGCACAUAGGCCCAGCCCAAAAUUCAAAGUUCGGUGAAAACUGAUAUGGCUUGGUCUCCUAUAUGGCACUGUAUCUUCACGAAAUAGUGCCAAAGACAUUCAUUGGGGGUGUCUUUUUACUCAGAAGACUUAGCCGAGCAUAAUUUGGGGGGUUUGAACUUAGUGGCACAUGUGAAAUAUACAAAAUGCCCAGCAAAAAUGCAAUCCAUAUGUAAAAAACGCACAAAAUUAUUUUUUAUCACAUACUUUAGCAUAUAUUGGUGAAAAAAAUGGGGGCAUGUUAAGGCACAAUAUGCACCUUAUGAGAUACCCUGGAGUGUCUACUUUUACAAAUGGUAGGCCUUUGUGGGUUUUUUUGGAUCAGUUAAACUGGUAUAAUACCCCAAAUGGAAGCAUAGGCUCAUUAAAUCCGUCUCUCAAAAUUCUACUGUGAAUACUGAAAAGAACGGGCCUCCUAUAUGGCACUGUAACUUCACAAAAUAGUGCCAAAGACAUACAAUUGGGGUGUCAUUUUGCUCAGCAGAUGGAACUGAACACAAAAUAAAACUUUGUACAGGAAUAGCACACCCAACUUUACAAAAUACACAUGAGAAUUUCUUUGUUAUAAGUUUGUGUGCCAAAAACAAAAAAAAACACAAUUUUACUCCAAUAUUUAGCAGAGGUUGGCGAUGAAAUGGCUACGUAGAAAGUAUCAAAACAACCCUAGGUAAAUAGCCUGUGAUGUCUACGUUAUAUAAAUAUAUACCUUUGUGUGGCAAUUUUGUUUUCUUUUAUGGCUAUUAAGCUUACAAGACAAACAUACCAAAUUCUAAAAAUCGCUCCACAUUAAAAGUUUAUUUUACUCCUUGUGCUUUGUGACCUGUAACUACCAAAAAAAAAAUUAAAAUCCCAGACACAUUAUAUAUUCUGUAAAUCAGAACAACUAAUGCGUUUUUACUUUCCUUAACCUGCACUAAUUAUGCACACAUUAUUAUUGCAAAAACUGUAAAAAUAAAACAAAAUUUUCAUUUUUUUUUAAUUUUUCUGUAUUUUUUUAUAAUAAAUAAGUGUGUGUGUGUGUGUGUGUGUGUGUGUGUGUGUGUGUGUGUGUGUGUGUGUGUGUGUGUUACAUCAAAUUAAAGCCCUUUCUGUCCUUUAAAAAAUGAUAUAUAAUAUGUGUUGGUGCAAUAAAUUAGUAAAAUGCAAAUUGCAGUUGAAGGCAAACAGCAAAAAGUGAAAAAAAUGCUGUUGUCAUUAAGUGAAAGACAAGCUUCUGAAGCUCUGUCCUUAAGGGGUUAAACAACCAGGACCAUCUGUCUGACAACCAGAGGGUAUUACAAAACCUGCACUUUUUGAAAAAUGAAGGGAAAAAAAGCAAAUGCACUCUUCACACAAAGAAUUUCACUUUUCCAGUUUAACUGCUAUAGAGCUUCUUAUUAAGGAUGAAGUUAGAGGAAGAGAGAUGGUUGUGUUUUUGUUUCUGUCAGUUCUUUUUUUGUUCUCUUCUAGCAAACAAAAUAAUAAUAAAACGUUUUAAAAAAACUAAGCAAAAAUAAAUUGGUAAACAUUGUGUAAUAAAUGUCAUCAUCUGGGACAUUAUAAUAUUUUGUAUGUUCAUCUGUUCCCCACUGAACACCAUUCCAUGACAUUUUAUAUGCAUGCAAAAAUGUAAUUGGAUAAGAAUUUUGCCAACUUAACAGUCUUGCUAUAAAAUAGGCAGUCUGUCUGUAUUGUAGGGCAUGCAGUACUUGGGAUCUCAUCGGUAUGUUCAUCGGGAUCUUGCAAGUCGUAAUAUUUUGGUGGAGAAUCAGAAUCACGUGAAGAUUGGAGAUUUUGGUUUGACCAAGAUUCUGCCUCAAGAUAAGGAAUAUUACGUUGUGAAACUGCGAGGAGAGAGUCCCAUAUUCUGGUAUGUACAUAGGUAAACAAGUGGAAAGAGAGUAGUUGAAAGGCACAAUUCUCACGUAUCAUGUUUAAUGCUUUGUUCUUUAAGCUAUGUUUGUGCUGCAAAACUUUGG